ACAGAAGGUCGCAAACAAAGGUUUAUGUGCAGUCCCUGUACACUGAAUCUGAGCUCAUGCCCUUGUAGCAGUCAUGCAAAUCUUUAGGAAACGGACGAAUGUUCAAGGAACAAAGGAAAACGUGCUAUUUCAAAGUUUUUCAUUAAACAUCUCCCACCGUGCAAUACCAACAGGGGCAUGCCAGUCUUAUUUACACACAAAGACUACAAGGACGAUAGGUCAACUUGUACAGCUCGACACUGCCAGAGCUUCCAACUCCUCACCUCAGCACGUCUGACCCCCUCGGCUGAGUAGCUUCCACGGGAAAGUUUUAUAUUCACGGGAAGAAUGAAAUGAAAGUAAAAUACAAACUAGCCUAUAUGCGCCACUGUGUAGUAUGACCAAGUGCCACUCUUGUUUCGCACGAACGCAAUCACACAGAGACGCAACUGCCGUAUAAACAGUGUGUUAUUGGUGUGCUGGCAAAACGGCGAGAGGGCAUCUGAGCAAAUCCUUGUGACUGUCACAGGGAGUGCCAACUGCCAAGUGCGCGACAUGGCUCCGACCGAGGCUUCAGUAAACACUACAGUACACUCGCUAAUAGCUGCAUGUGUGGCAAUGUAGAAUGAGGUUGUGCAAAAUAUCUGUCCGAAUGAAUUCGAAUCGUGCGAAUCGUUUUCGAAUGACUAGAGUAACUUGAUGUGAGCCUAUGACAGAAAAAUCAUCAUGCAAUCUAUGCUGUGUAGCUGAGGUAGAACAUGGUCAAUUGGAAGUGUAGUUGGAGGACAUCGCUACCGGCUGACAACAGUAUACUGACAAGGACUGCCGAACCAUGUGAUGGGUGUUCAUUUGACAGAAGAACUGGCUGGAAAUCUGAGUGUCAGUAUGAAAGGACUCUAUUGCAGGUUAAACGACUCGGAAGAAGUGAAGUUUGUGAUUCAGGAUGCUAAUGUGCCUGCCACUAUUGGUGACCGCCAAGUCAAGGUCCAAGUGAAAGGCUGUGCUCUUAGUCCAGUGGAUGUGAGGCUUUUUAAUGACUUGAAAUUACAACGAGACACGGCACCAGUGGGAAGGGAGAUUGUGGGAACUGUUUGUCAAGUUGGGCCCAAGGUUUCCUUUUUUCAGCCGGACGAAGAGGUUGUUGGCAUUCUUCCAUUGGAUACCGAGCUAUCUGGCCUGUGCAAUACUGUCAUCAUCCAUGAACAGUUACUGGUGCCGAAGCCAGAGAAGGUGAGCUGGGUGUCGGCGGCAGGGGCGGUCCGAGAUGGCCUGAGGGCCUACACCGCACUCCACACCCUGGCCCACAUGGCCUUGGGAAACACACUGCUGGUGCUCGAUGGAGCCAGCCCCUUUGGUGUUCUGUCCAUCCAGCUGGCCCACUACCACGGGGUAAAGGUCCUGGCCACCGCCCACUCCCAGGAGGACCACAAGUUCCUGGAGCAGUUGCGGCCGAGCGUGGGCGCGAGAGAGUCUUUGCUAGCCCGUGUGAUUGGUCUGUGGGAUGCCAAGGUGGACCUGGUGGAGGCGUGCUUGGAGGAGACAGGGGGGCUCGGGGUGGACAUCGUCAUCGAUGCGGGAGUGAAGCUGUAUGACGAGGAGCCAGAGGCGCAGCAGACAGCUCAGCUUCCGCAUAAGCAUGACAUCAUCACCCUGCUCGGGGUCGGAGGUCACUGGGUCACCAUGGAACAGAACCUGCAGCUGGAUCCCCCAGAUGCCCGCAGUCUCUUCCUUAAAGCAGCGUCUCUGUCUUUCCUGAACGAGGAGGUCUGGACUGCCUCCUCUGCCCGCCAGGGACGAUACCUUCACAUUCUAAGGGAUGUGAUGGAUAAACUGUCAACUGGGACGUUCAGGCCUUUAUUGGAGGAUCCUGUGCCUUUGUAUGAGGCUACCGUAUCCAUGGAGAUGGUUCAGAAGAGGCAAGUGAGGAAGAGAGUGGUAGUGCAACUGUAAUAAACUGCACUUCCCAGCAUUCCAGAGAAUCGCCACCUUCACCAUAGACAUACACGUAUAAGACAUAUACUGUAUCAUGUGUAUAGUAUGUCUGUGGCCUUCACAUUCCCUGUGUGCACCAUUACAUUCUGGAUGGCCAGUUAAUUUUUUUCUGCAAUUACACGAUGCGUCUGUGUAUUUUUCAUGUCUUGUCUGUUGAAAUACUACCUGUGUUAUUAUUAUAAAUCAUGAUUCAUUUGUAAAGUAACACAAUAAUGUAACACACAUUAAAAAUGGUUUUCAUAACAA